ACUGACAACAUUACCUAUCCGACAGACGAACAGGGAGUAUCGUUCUCAAGAACAACAAAGCCCUCUCUUUCCCCCUCGUCUUUAUUGUGUCCUCUUUUUUUGUGUGUCUUUGUUCCUUCUCUCCGCGUUCCUGGUUGUUCCGCCUCUUCUCUAGCCCACCCGAGGAAUCUGAAUCUGUGGCCAGGCAGGCAGGAGAGCUGAAUGAACCUCAUAGCGGACGACAACACCACAGGCGCCGCAGCGAGGCACUUAGCUUCAAGUAGAAUUGACUGCUUUGAAAUGGCACCUGAGACGGCAGGCGGCGACAGCCACCCCUUUGUACUAUAGCGUUGCUUGGUUUCAACAAAUCAAUGCAACAUUAAAGGAAGAGACUGGAUAGACAUUUUUUAUUUUUAAAUCACCAACUUCUUUGGGGCAGGGGGGGGGGGGUGCGGAUAUGGAACACAGCCAGUUGCAGCCAGCGUCAGGAAUGGACCCCUCCUCUCAAUGUCAUGGUCUCUAAGAAGAAGUGUUUGUGUGCAAACCUGGAUCACUAAAACUUGUUUUGGAAGUCUGGAGUGCACUACUACGCCCCUGAUUCUACGAGAUUAUAGUCCUGUUGGGUGUUCUGGCCAGAGACCGUAGGAACUAAACAACAGAAAUCGAUGCGUCAUUCUUGUCAAAUAGAAAGCGCCCGGACAAAGAUUGUCACAUCGUCUAAGCUGUGGAAACAUAAAGGAAUCUCAACUGCAUUCGAGACAAGGAAGCACCGCCCAGACACCGAUGCAUUGUUCACGCGCUCCCGAGCAUGAAAGACCUUAACUGCUCAGUUAGCUGCUGCCUGUCGACGGGAACGUGUCAAUGAACCUGUCAGUCGUCGCGUUGGAAGUGCCAAUGUGGUUACGAGUGAUAAGGUUUUACAGUAGGAGAGGGUACGUUGGGAGGAGGGGCGUUGGGGACGAGUGUCAGAGACAGUGUUACUGUUAUGUCACCUAUUAUCAGACAGUAGUUAUAAGGACUAUCAAGAUUAGUGAUAAUUAGUAGUCUGUUAUAUCAGCGCCGCCGUGUGUGUGUGUGUGUGUGUGUCUAUGGAGGACAGAAUAGAAUAGAAUUCAAAUUUGCUUGGCAACAAAGAGCUGUGGUGAAAUGCUGCUGAUGAACAAUAGUGAUGUGGGAGCUUUGUGUAACAGUAGUAGUGGUGGGGGCCAGGGCAAUGGGACAGACGGGACCGAGAUGACAAAGUUGUUGGUGCCCAUGCUGGACGGCCUCAUCCUGGUGACAGGCCUGGCGGGCCACUGCCUAGUCAUCUCCAUCCUGGCCGGCCGCAGGAGGCGAGGUGGAAAGCCUCCUCAUGGGACAGACACCCUGCUGCUGGCUCUGAGUGCUGCUGACCUGCUGCUGUUGCUCUGCCUACCCUUCCACACCGCGGCCAUCACCCUGGGCUCCUGGCCCUUCGGCAGCUUCCUCUGCAAGGUCGUCAGCUUCCUGGGCGUGGCCUGUUCUUCCGCCUCAGUCUUCACGCUGGCUGCGCUCGCCGUGACCCGCUACCUGACUGUGGUCCACCCCGCCUGGUCCUUCCGCUCUCGCAUGCACAGCCGCCUCAAACUGACCGUGGCGCUCCUCUGGGUUCCCGCCGUAGCCCUGGCAGCUCCGCAGUUUGCUUUCCGCACGGUGGCGGUGUCCAGUGCGUUACACUGCUUCGCCUUCCUGGGCGGCCUCAGUCAGCUGGUGUACAGCACGGCGUUGUUCCUGUUUGCCUUCGCGAUACCAUUGGGGGUUAUUGUGAUGAUGUACGCCAAGAUCUACUGCUUCCUGCGCCAGACGAGAGUGUCGGGACGUGCCCCCCAGCUGGAGCGCUACCAAAGCCAGGUGACCCACACGUCAGCUCUGCUGGUGCUGGUCUUCACCCUCUGCUGGCUGCCCUCCUACGGCCUCAUGUUCUCCCUCUUGGGGGUCAAGAUCUCUGGUGUCUCCAGCUACCGCUCCAUAGCAAUCUUCAUCCGCCUACUGGCGUCUUCAGCCGCGGUGGUUAACCCCGUCCUCUAUGUGUUCAUGUCCAAUAAGUUCAGGAGGGAUCUGAUGGACUUGGGACGGGAGAGAUGGGAGGGUUGCAGGGGGUGUACGGCAGGGUGCCCGGGGGUGUUCAGGGGCAGGGACAUUGUGCGGCCCUUCAACCCUGUGGAGCUGGAUACGCCGACCCUACCCUACCCGGAUUCUAAGUGUUACUAUGAAAGGUCUAUGGACAUUCUGUGGAUACUUAACAGAUAUUCUGUAGAGCUUUAAUGACCCUUCUAUGGACACUAUGAACUUUCUAUGGUUCAUUUAAGGACCACUAUGGACCCCUCUAUGGACAGUGGGGCAACAUGUUCGAUUUGAAUAAGAUCGCUCUUACAACCUCAUUUCAAUAAACACAAUUACCUCAGCUGAGGCCAUUUGCUUUCUUCCUGUUUUUUAAUAGCACAAGCGGAUUAAAAACCCACACACGCCCAGCUAAAACGGCCAAUUCCACGCGAUCCUCCGUUGAGAGGAACCGCCAGAAUGUUUUGCCUCUUGCGUACAGCGGAACAUAACAGCGUCAACGUUAAUACUCACUCUCCACCACCGUCUUGAGGUCUGAGCCGUCAUCGUUGAUCUGCUGGAUGUUUCCAAAGUGGAUGUCACUGAAGAAGAUCCGAUUGGCUCCCCUCCCCCCUCCCCCGCGGGAGUCAAAGGUCAGCGCGAUGACGUUCUUCAUGUGC